GUCGCGUCGGACGGGCUGUACACAUCUGUCUCCGCGUGGCGCGUGCCUCUCGCUUCGUCCACGUGCAGUGUGUCCAGCGGUGUUGGUGCCAGCAUCGGCCACUCACGAGGAAAUGGCAUGAAGGACAACUGCUCUACAGUAGAACUCUACACUACAAACACGGCAGGAUGUACGGCCUGCUGCUGGAGAACCUGGCCGAGUUUAUCCGGCAGGCGUACGGCGAGGACAAGUGGGAGGAGAUCCGGCGCCAGGCGCAGGUGGAGCAGCCCAGCUUCAGCGUGCACCAGGUGUACCCGGAGAACCUCAUCCCGCGCCUGGCCAACAAGGCCAUGCAGGUGCUGGACAUCACGGAGCAGGAGUUCUUCGACCAGAUGGGCGUCUACUUCGUGGGCUUCGUCAGCCAGUACGGCUACGACCGCGUGCUGUCCGUGCUGGGCCGGCACAUGCGCGACUUCCUCAAUGGUCUGGACAACCUGCACGAGUACCUCAAGUUCUCGUACCCCCGCAUGAGGGCGCCCUCCUUCAUCUGCGAGAACGAGACGAGACACGGGCUCACGCUGCACUACCGCAGCAAGCGGCGGGGCUUCGUCUACUACACCAUGGGCCAGAUCAGAGAGGUAGCCAGGCACUUCUACCACAAGGACAUGCGCAUCGAGCUGGUCCGGGAGGAACUGCUCUUCGACACGGUGCACGUGACCUUCCAGCUGACCUUCGACAACCGCGCCUUCACGCUCGCCUCGCUCACCAUGACCCGCGAGGAGAAGCACCUGCCCAUCAGUGCGUCCAUGCUCUUCGAGAUCUUCCCCUUCUGCAUCGUGUUCGGGUCAGAUAUGGUCGUGAGAAGUAUAGGAAACUCUCUGAUGGUCAUCUUGCCGGAUCUGAUUGGAAAGAAGAUCACAAACCGGUUUGAUCUCGUUCGACCACUCAUCGCUUUCAAGUUCGAAACAAUCCUGAACCGCACCAACAACAUCUUCGAGCUGGUGACGGUGGAGUCGGUGCUGACGGAGCGCCUGGCGGAGCACAAGGACGAGCUGGUGCUCAGCGACGAGAGCAGCGGCGGCCAGGACGACAAGAACCUCAGGCUCAAAGGACAGAUGAUAUACAUGGACAACUGGAGGAUGAUGAUGUACCUGGGCACUCCCCUGAUGCCUGAUCUCAACUCCCUGAUCGCGACUGGGCUGUACAUCAAUGAUCUCUCCAUGCACGACUUCAGCAGGGACCUGAUGCUGGCGGGCACGCAGCAGUCGGUGGAGCUGAAGCUGGCGCUGGACCAGGAGCAGCAGAAGUCCAAAAAGCUGGAGGAGAGCAUGCGCAAGCUGGACGAGGAGAUGAGGCGGACCGACGAGCUGCUGUACCAGAUGAUCCCCAAGCAGGUGGCGGACCGGCUGCGGCGCGGCGAGUCCCCCAUCGACACCUGCGAGAUGUUCGACACAGUUUCCAUACUCUUCUCGGAUGUGGUGACCUUCACAGAGAUCUGCAGUCGCAUUACCCCCAUGGAAGUGGUGUCAAUGUUGAAUGCCAUGUAUUCCAUUUUUGACACACUUACGGAAAGGAAUGGCGUCUAUAAGGUAGAGACAAUAGGCGAUGCCUACAUGGUCGUGUCCGGCGCGCCAGAGAAGGAGGUCAACCACGCAGAGAAGGUGUGCAACAUGGCGCUCGACAUGAUCGAGGCCAUCACCGACCUCAAGGACCCUUCCACAGGCUCGCACCUCAAGAUCCGCGUGGGCGUGCACUCGGGCGCCGUGGUGGCCGGCAUCGUGGGGCUCAAGAUGCCGCGCUACUGCCUGUUCGGGGACUCCGUCAACACUGCGUCGCGCAUGGAGUCCACCAGCGACGCCAUGAGGAUACACAUCUCCGAGUCCACUCGCGAGCUGCUGUCGCCCGACUACCGGGUCUCAGAGCGCGGCGAGAUCCAGGUCAAGGGCAAAGGCGUGAUGAAGACCUACUGGCUGGAGAGCCACGGGGCUCGCUCGCCGCUGGCCAGGACUCCGGCGCUGGGCCAGAGGACGCAGUGGGAGCGGGCAGCGGACCGCACGCCCGUGCUGGACAUAGUGGCCGACGACCGGCGCGUGUACUCGCCCGUCAUGUUCCCCGACGUGGCUCGGCGCUCCGUGGGCAGUUCCCCCCUCAAGGGCCCCCCCCGCAGAGAGUGCCGGUCCAACUCGCUGGGCACGGCGCUGAUGCGAGCGUCCGGCAGCUCGCACGGCUCGCACCCGCUGCUGCCGCCCACCUCCUGGCCGGGCUCGCCGCGGGGCAGCCUGUCCGCCCUCGACCCCUGCCGGCGGCCCAGCGCCCCCGAGGGCACCUCCGGGGCCCGCAUACCCGAGGAGGAGGAGCGGCCCGCCGCCCGCCUCGUGGCCGCCCGCAGCCGCCAGGACCGCCUGCAGCAGUGCUGCGCCGGCCUCGUCGGCGACGGCGACGGCCGCGGCCUGCACGGCAACUCGUGCUCCGUCGUGUGACCACCACCCGCCGAACGCGACACCGCUGCACUGACCCCCACUCUGCCGACGGCAACUCGUGCUCCGUCGCCUGACUCCGACAAGCUGGCGCCGGUCUUGCUGCUACGUUGAGUCACCUCGGUGCAACCCCCCUCCCCUCUUGAUGGUCAUAAAGACCCGAGUAUUGUGACACCGAUGCACUGACCUAGACUAGCUAAUUGCCUUGGCCGGCUACACAGGAACCCAUGUGCCCCAGUGCUGUUUCCGAUCGUAAGAUAUCUAUCGUUGGUGCAGGUCAUCGGUUGAGUAAUCACCUUUCGUUUUGAAUGUGGCUUUCUUUUUGCCACCCCAAGUGGUGGAAAGAUGAACAUCUUAUCGCUAGCAGUAUUCUUACUCCCCACCUGUGAGAUUGUGUGAUAUAAGGAUGUAGGUCAUACGUACGCAGAAGAAAUUUUAAAGAAUAGUCGGAGCAUAAAGUAUGUGUACCUGCUUUUGAUAAGUGGUUUAGAGGACAAAAUGUUCGUCUUUCGGGUAAAUUGAUGUUGUUUUAUGAUGCUUUAGUUUAGAUACGCAAAAAAAACGUCGGCACAAUAAUGUUUUGCGGUUGUAUUAGUUUACAAGUGAGAAAAUAUUUCUGUUAUGCUGUUUAUAGAAACGUGAGUAAAGGAUGAAGUACUUAAAAAAAUCAUUUAUGCUUGAAUAUAGUCAGAAUUUUAAUUAGCGAGUGAUAUAAGUGUGUUGGAAUGUGUAAUACAAUAUUUUGGUGUGGAUUUCAUAUGCAUUGACACAAAAAUGCUUUGGAUCCUCGACCAAUUUCAAUGUUACUUGCAUAGUUUGCAACAAUGCAGUCUAGCAGUCACCGUUCAAUCACAAUAAUUGUUUGUUGUUGUAUCAUAAAUAAUUCCUGUGGAUUUUUAUGUGUAACCCAGGGCAUGAUUUAUAUUGAAAUUUUUGCUCAAACAAAUUUUAACCUAAUUUUUCUUAAUGUUUAUGUUUGUGUCAGCUUUAUGUCUUACCUGAUCUUUUUUGAUUUUGAAUGUAAACAAAAAAUGUUUUUAAAUUUGCUUUGUACACAAUAAGUAUUAAUGUACGCAACCAAAUGAUGGUACCAAAGAAAAAG